AUGGAGUCAUCUCAAACUGUGUCAUAUUUUAGAAAAAUAGAAGAACUUCUGAGACUUCUGACAAUACUAAACUUAACUGGAUACCGUUGGCCGGACCCGGCUUGUGUACCAGAUGGUGCAUCGUAUGAUUUUGUGGUAGUUGGAGGUGGAGCAGCAGGGUGUCUGGUGGCUAGUAGACUAUUAGAAACAGGGAAUGCAAGUGUUCUCCUCGUAGAAGCUGGAGGCUACCCGCCUAUUGAAUCUGAGAUGGCAGGACUCUUUGCUUUACUGAAAGGUAGUAAACAUGACUGGAAUUUCACUUCAACGUGUGGAAGUAUGGCAAGUAAUCAUAAAGGCAAUGUCAUCAGUAUGUCCCAAGGCAAAAUGUUGGGAGGAUCUUCAUCCCUCGGAUUUCUGGUAUAUGCACACGGCAAUCCGCGUGACUAUAACGAAUGGGCAACUAUAACAAAUGAUCCUUCUUGGUCCUACGACUCUAUACUGCCAAUUAUGCAAAAAACUGAACAACUAAUUGACCAUCUGUUACUUAAUUGCUCACACUAUUAUGGAACUAAUGGCGAGAUAAAACUACAAAAACAAUACUACCCAAGAAAUAGACCGUUUUUUCAAGCUUUAAAAGAAAUUGGGUAUAAAUGUUACCUAGAUAUAAAUCCAGAUCAUCCAUUAGGAUUCACGAGCUGUCUAUUUACUAUUGGUGAUGAUAUUCGACAGACUACUGCUUUGAAAUAUAUUAGCCCUCUGAAAAAUCAUCUUAAUUUAGACCUUUUGAUUAAUGCUUUAGCGACUAAAAUCAUUGUAGAUGAGAACAAUAACGCAGUAGGUGUUGAGAUUUUAAAAGAAAAUGGACAAACUAUAACUGUGAGGGCAAAGAAAGAAGUGAUUGUCACAGCAGGAACUAUAAAGUCACCGCAACUGCUGAUGCUUUCUGGGAUUGGACCGAGAGAUCAUUUACAAAACAAGGGAAUAGAAGUUAUAGCUGAUCUACCAGUAGGGAAGAAUUUCCGAGAUCAUAUAAACUCCUUUUUACUUUAUAAAAUGACAAAAUCUGGCCACGCAAAUGGCGUUGAAGAUCCUCAUAAAUAUCCCUAUGCAGUUUUCGAAGGAUACGGUGCUUUAAACAAAAAUCAAAGUUACCCUGACUAUAAUUUAAUAUGCGCACAUUUUGGCGAUAGAGAAACAUUCUUGGGUCUGUGUGCGUUCUUUUUCUCGUUUGACAAUAGUUUUUGCGACUCCUUGGGCGAAGGGCUUGAUAACAGAGAAGCGUUUUUAGUUUUCGUUACAAAUUUAAAUCCCGAGUCGAAAGGGGAAAUACUUCUUGCGAGUAAAAAUCCAGAAGAUGACCCAAUAAUUCUGCCCGGUUAUUUUACUGAAAGCGUGGAUCUGGAAAAUCAGGCUAAAUACUUAGCAGAUUUCAACAGAGUUUUAGAUACAACUUAUUUUCGAAGAAUGGAAGCUGAAUUAGUGAAUUUAGGAUUUGAGUCUUGUGCUGAGUAUCCGAUGUUCUCUGAGGAGUACUGGAAAUGUCAUGCUCUUGAAACAUUGGAUACGUCACACUAUUUUGUUGGUACUUGUGCUAUGGGUUCGGUGUUGGAUUCUAGGUUACGAGUCCGAGGCGUAAAUAGGUUGCGUGUUGCAGACGCCAGUGCAAUGCCGACGAAUGUACGAACAUAUACUUUAGCUACGGUUCAUAUGAUAGCACAGAAAGCUGCUGAUAUGAUUAUUGAAGAAAAUAGAUUGCGUGGGUAGACAAUUGUAAAGAUGAAAAUAAAAUAUCUCGUUGCAUAUAAAUUUGAUU